CUUCACCGUCAUCAUUGUGUGACUGUGUUUGUCAAGCACGUUGGGAUAAAUAGACGUUUCCUUCUAGUGUAGUUGGAUAUUUGUGACACUAAACUCUUGAUAGAAUGUGGCCAGAAGUAAAACAAGCCAAAGAAGAGAACAGGUACGAACUGGUGCUUUCAGGAACAGAAGUCAGCGAGAGAAUAGAAGAAGAGGGCGGUGUUGAUCCGUCAGUGUAUGAACUGUCACAGUUGAAUUUCCUUCGGAUCAGCAAGAGUCCCUUGACGACCAUAAAGGAUGAUGUUGGCCUCCUGGCCAAUCUCACCAGCCUUAUCCUCCAGUUGAAUAAAUUAGAAAAGCUUCCAGUUACCGUAGGCAACCUGACUAAGUUGAAAGUGUUGGAUGUCUCUUUCAACAGCCUGGAAGAUCUUCCAAGCGAGAUUAACAAAUUGUCGAAUUUGUCAACCUUAAACCUCGGUAGUAAUAAAAUUCGUGCCUUGCCCUCCUUAGAAGGUUGUAUCAGUUUGGCGAUUUUGGAAGUUGGCCACAACCUUUUGACGGAAUUUCCAGACAUCUGUAAGGAGAGCUUAGUGCAUUUGGCAGACGUAAAAUUGAAUGAUAAUCAGAUUUCAGAAGUGUCUCCUGAUUUGACAGUCCUGCCUUCUUUGAAAAUCUUAGACCUUGGCAACAACCAGUUGAAGACAGUGCCUGGGGAGUUGGCAGAUUGUGUGAAACUUAAAGAUAUCAACUUGAAAGGAAACCCACUUUCUGAUAGACACUUCAAAAAAGUUGUGGAGGCAGAGAGAUGUACCCCAAAGCAAGUGUUGGGAAACAUCAAACAGCACUGUCCCAGAGUGAAUGUGUCAGAAGGUGGCAAAGGUGGUGAUGGAGGGAAAGGGAAGAAGGGCAAACGAGGAAAAGGAAAAGGCAAAGAUGAUGACCAGAUGGAUGAAAUGUGUAAUGAAAUUCAUGUUUUAACUAUAAAAGAUACAGGACCUGUAGUGCAGGUAUCAUCAGAGGUCAAAGAUGUUCGCCCAUAUGUUGUGUGCUGUGUUAUACAAGGUGUUGAUUUGAGUGGGGAAAAUCUCAAAAAAUUCAUAUCAGCUCAGACGAAAUUGCAUGAUGGCAUAUGUGACAAAAGAAUGAUGGCAACCAUUGCUACACAUGACUUGAAUAAAAUCCAAAGUCCUUUGAAGUAUGUGGUGCGUAAACCAGAGGAGAUUCGCAUCCACCCCUUAGUAAGAGGGAAAGAAGUCUCAGCCCUUGAGCUUCACAAAAGUCUUCAGCAAGAAGCAGAAGCUCAGCGAAAGCAGAUGAAGCGGAACAAUGUCCCUGGACUCCACAAGUUCUUGCAUCUUGUAGAGGAGUGGGAUGUAUGGCCAUGCCUAGUUAAUUCUGAUGGUGUUGUGAUAUCAUUACCACCCAUCACAAACUCUGAAAACACAAAGAUAACGCAAGAAACCACAGAUGUUUUUGUAGAGGUAACCAGUGGCACAUCUUUAAAUAAGGCAAAAGCAGUGUUGGAUGCUUUAAUUAUGAGUUCCUUGAACUCUGGCAUUGGAUCAGAAAAAACACCAGCUGGAAAAUCAUCUAUGAAGAUUCAACAGGUUCGUGUGGAAGAUGAGGAAGGGAACUUACGGGUGGUUUACCCUUCUCGAACUGAUCUGGUGUUUGAGAAUGAGGCUGUUAGAAUAAUUAAUGCUGACAAGUAGUGUUACUGGUCUGUUUGUGCCUCGUAUUUAUGUGAUACAUUGGGUAAGCAUUGUUUUUUGAUUAUCCAGUGAACUAGCAUUAGUUUAUUUUCAUACAAAUCAUCAAAUUGGAAAUUUUGUAUUUCAAGUACAACAGUGUAUAAAGCUAGAAAUUUUUCUAAUAAUUUUAUAGUAACUCAUCAUUGAUUUCACAAGUGUCUAGUAUUUAGGACAAUUGUAUUAAAGAAAUAUAUAUUCUUUGUUCUGGUUUACUAGUAAAUUUCUAUGGUUGAAAAUUAACUAUAUUACUCCAUAGUAAGAUUAUUCCUUUUAUCACAUGAAUUUGGUUAAAUUCCUAGAAGGCCUGCAGUGUGGUUUUAUUUUCACAUUAAUUUUUCUACCUUAUAACUUUCAAGGACUGUAUUGUACAUCUUAUAUUAUUUUUUAUUUCAUGUACUCAGCUAAAUUCAUGGUGCCCAAAUCUGUAAGAUAUUCAGUGUUUUAAGCAUGUUGCUCUCUUAUUUACUGCAAACUAAGUUAACGCAGUAGCUUUCUGUGAGAUCAUUAAUCAAAGGAGGUGCAGGUUCAUUGGUAUAUUGUGUACAGUAUGUAUGUACCUUUAUACCAGCUGAUGAUAACUAAAUUCAAAUGGCAGCAUUUUUAGAUGAAGCUAUUCGUUCUCAAGUUAUUGCUUUGUGUUGACUUGUGGUUAUAGUGUUCUACAAGACAUAUCAUAGUUUUUAUUUGAAAAGUUGCUACAGUACUUUGUUUCCCUCCUUACUGUCUAAAAAAGUAAGAUGUUUAUUUCCUUGAUAAGUACAGAUAUAACUUCAUUUACAUGGGUUCUAAAUAGUACACGUUUUUGCUUUAACACUGACUAUGAUUAGAGGAGAUAGUGAUAUGUUUAUACAAUUUCUUCACAUUAACACAGAUAAGAAGAAGCAUGAGCAAAAUUUCUAAUGCUGCCACUGAUCAGUAUCCAAUAAAAAGUACAGAUUC